CCUCUCCUCUCCUCUCUUCUCCUCCACUUUGCCUACCCAUCCAGAUUUCGGACAGUCUUUUCUUAGACGAAAAGUUUUUCUUGUUACUAGUUCUAUCUUUCCAAACAAGUCUCAUUUUAGACUCAUAUCACAAUGGUCAAGGACACUAAGCUCUAUGAUACCCUGGGGGUACCCGACACAGCCUCUGAGGCUCAGCUGAAGAGCGCCUACAAGAAGGGUGCACUCAAAUACCAUCCUGACAAGAAUGCAAACAACCCAGAAGCCGCCGAAAAGUUCAAGGAAAUGUCCCGUGCCUAUGAAAUUCUUUCGGAUCCUCAGAAGCGUCAGAUUUACGAUCAAUAUGGUGAAGAAGGUCUUGAAGGCGGUGCUGGUGGUCCAGGAAUGGGUGCCGAGGAUCUCUUCGCUCAGUUCUUCGGCGGCGGUGGUGCGUUCGGCGGUAUGUUCGGCGGUGGCAUGCGGGAGCAAGGCCCCAAGAAGGCCCGUACCAUUCACCACGUACACAAAGUCAGCCUGGAGGAUAUCUACCGUGGCAAGGUCUCAAAAUUGGCGUUGCAGAAGUCGGUCAUUUGCCCCGGAUGUGACGGCCGUGGUGGUAAGGAAGGCGCGGUCAAGUCCUGCACUGGCUGCAAUGGUUCCGGUAUGAAGACGAUGAUGCGCCAGAUGGGCCCCAUGAUCCAGCGGUUCCAGACUGUUUGUCCCGACUGCAGCGGAGAGGGAGAGAUCAUCCGCGAGAAGGACCGUUGCAAGCGCUGCAAUGGUAAGAAGACCGUUGUGGAGCGCAAGGUGCUCCAUGUCCACGUCGACAAGGGUGUCAAGAACGGCCACAAGAUCGAGUUCCGCGGCGAGGGUGACCAGAUGCCUGGCGUCCUACCGGGUGAUGUCGUAUUUGAGAUUGAGCAGAAGCCUCAUCCCCGUUUCCAGCGCAAGGAUGACGAUCUGUUUUACCACGCUGAAAUCGACCUCCUGACUGCUCUUGCCGGCGGUUCUGUCAACAUCGAGCACCUUGAUGACCGGUGGUUGACUGUCAACAUCGCUGCUGGCGAGGUUGUCACUCCUGGUGCCAUCAAGGUGAUCAAGGGCCAGGGUAUGCCCUCUUACCGCCACCACGACUUUGGUAACCUGUACAUCCAAUUCGAUGUCAAGUUCCCUGAGAAGGAUCAGCUCCAGAACCUCGAUCUCCUGGAGAAGGUCCUGCCACCUCGUAUGGAGCAGCCUCAGCCUCCGGCUGAUUCGAUGGUUGAGGAUUUCGAAGUGGAGGACAUUGACGCCAGCGAGGGCUCUCAAAGACGCGCUCACGGCGCCGCCAGCGCCAUGGACGAGGACGACGAUGAUGUUCCUCCUGGCGCAGAGCGUGUGCAGUGUGCUUCGCAGUAAAAGGCAUUGGGGAAGAUGGUUGUGGCUAAUAUAGUUGAUGUGUGCUGGUGCACUUACGCGAGUCCCUUAUGAUACCAUGUGGGGGAGCCGUCCCUGGUACAAUUCGGUUCCUUUGUGUUUCUGACUUUAAUGAUUUGCUUUGCGGUGGCGUUCGCUCUGAAGACCUGGGAGAUGACAAUGGAGAAAUCUCUUUUUCGUUUGAUUUUUUCAUCAUACUUCAGAUUCCCUUGCAUAGGAUUUCCUUUCUGUUUUGUGGGAUGAAGCAUUGACUUUGAUGAGG